CUGUAUAAUAAUAUUACAAUGAGAGAUAAGUAUGAAGAAGAAAAGCAAGAUCUUGUCAAAAACUUUAAAGAGGCUUUUGAUAAGAAUCCUGAGCGUAAGAACUCUUAACCAAGCAAGAACCUACCAGAAUAAUGAGUGAUUUGAGACUAUCUGGGAUAUAUUUUUAUCAAAUUUGGCCAUAUUUAGCAUAACCAUUUUGCUUUUCAAACAAUUGAUUCCAUUCUCAUUGAAUGGCUGUUUGUGAAAAAGUUAAAAUUUUAGAAAACUAAGUGAAACAUUCUAAAGUUUACCUUUAGAAAUCAAGAAACUGGGUCAAAAAUUUACCUAAUUAUUGGAAAUAUCAAUUCCCAUUUUAAUCUGGUGUAUACAACUAGAUAAAGUUUUAAGUUACUAAAUAAUCAUUUAGUGUCCUUAUUUGUGCUAUAAUUGGAGAUAGUAGGAAAUAUAAGAAUCGAAAUAGUAUUAUUACUUUAUUGAGGGUACUAAAUAAGAUUCUUCAUAUUUUUCUAGGUUUACUAAAUUUAUAUUAAAAAUAGCUCUAAAAAUUAUAUUUAUACACUUUACGUUCAGAUUUUUACUUCAAACAAAGAUAUUAAUUUCCAUGCCCACCAUUCUAUCUUAAAAAUUAAUAACACCCACUCAAAAAAUCCGAUUCUAGAAAAACCCAAUUUUUCAAAAUUCUAAUAUAGAAGUGCUCAAAUAGCAAUAAAAUUCUCCACCUCUACUCUCUUUUGCCUGAAAGAUCCUUCUAAGAGUCAAAAUAUAUCCUGUUUUGCUAUAAUUUUCUCAUAAAUUGACUCUAAACUCCUCACCUUAUGCUCCAAAUGUUACAGACCUUUCUGGUUUACUCAAAAUGCCCAAUCUGGAAAUUCUACUACGAUCUUAAGUAAUUUUUGCUUCAACCCGAUUCCUACUCAUUUGCAAAUGCAUUUACUAUUUUGGAGUAUUUAAGAAAUUGACAAUGAGAAUAGAAAAGCCAAAGAAGAUUAAGAAUAAUCUUGAGGAGAAAAUGGUCAUAGAGAAACGAUUCCAAAUUGAAGAGAAAAUAGGUAGUGGUACUCAUGGCCAUGUCUUCAGUGGAGUAGAUCUCAAAAAUUGAGCAUAUAUUGCAAUGAAAAUUGUCCCUCAAGAAAAACUGUCCACUUCAAGGUUCAAUCAGGAAAUCUUUAUAGUAAAAUAAACUUUCUUCAGGAGCAAAGAGUAAAGGAUUUCCCAAGUUCAUACAGAAGGGACAGUGCGAUAACAACAACUACUAUAUCAUGCAGAAAUUAGGGAACUCACUAAAAUUGAUGUCUAAACUGAUCAACAAGUUCACUUUAGAAAAUAUUUUGAUGCUAUCUUUGCAGCUAAUAGGCCGGCUGAGGGUGAUUCAUUCUUUUAAUUAUAUCCACAGAGAUAUCAAACCAGCUAACCUGAUGUUUGGUACUGGCAAGGAUUGGAAUACACUAUAUGUCAUAGACUUUGGGUUGUCUACAAAAGUCAGCAGUUUUAGAGACGCUGAAAUACCAAAGCAUAUUUUUCAGCCGGAAUAUGUCUAUCUCUCUGGGACUCCAAACUAUGCGAGCAUUAACCAGCACUGAGGGUGGGAAGAGUGAUUCAAAAAGGAUGAUAUAGAAGGAGCAAUGUACAUGCUAAUUCAUCUUCUCAAAGGUAAGCCUUGGUGGAUACUCAUAAUUACACAUUUAUAGGAUCACUCCCAUGGGAAAACAUCAAAGAAGAUGACAGAUUUUAUACGAUGAUGAAAAAGAAACAGCUUGUCACCACAGAAGAACUUUGUGGGGAAAUGCCAGAACGUCUUAUUGAGAUGGUAGAAUAUAUUCGGAGUAUGCGAAUUUAUGAUCAGCCCGAUUAUUCUUUUAUUAGCGACAUUAUUUUGAAAACUGCUUGUGAAGAAAAUAUCACCCUCCAUUUGGUAGAAUCUUUUCAUAAAUUUAAAUGGGAUUUCAAAUAAAGGCAAAGAGAAAUUCCACACCAAUGUUGUGAAAGAGCCAAUAUGAGGUUAUCUCGGAGCUGAAAGGCCGGUCUCUCAACCUCCUAUUCAAAAAUUUAAAUUUGUUUCUAAUUAUGAAGCAAAUAAGGCUCCUCUAAAGCUAGAGCGAAAUAAGGCCAGGGAAAAGUUGUUGGCUAAUAUUAAAAGCAAAAGUAAAAUCUCUACUGAAAAAGAGCCUGGUAUUAAUCCUCCUAAAAAGAUUAAACAAUCGAAGAAAUUUCACAGAUCCAUCACCACUAAAAGGAUCCGUCACAUUAAGUUCAACUGGUGAGCUGAUGAAAUCAUGGAGGCGAUGCAUGAAAAUCGUCUGUGUGUAAAAGACAGCUAUAUGAAGAAGAGUAAAUCUCCGUCUUGCAAUGUCAAACCUAAUUACUUUGAGCUGAAGAGCCUUAUGUCUGCAAAACCAGAGAACAACAAAUAUGAAGACCAGAAGUCUGAAGAUCAGCCUAAAGUUGACCUUAAGGUCACUCCAACUUUCUUGGAAUUUGAAGCUCUUGAUAAAGAUGAGUUCUCAAGCGACCAAAGAGGGAUUUCUUUAAGGAAGCCAAAGAUGUUUGGCCAUAAUCAUAAUAAUUUGAAAAGAGUGUGAGCCAGGAUGGACUAUGAACACCAAGCUGCUCGGAUACAAAGCAUGAUGCAAUAGGUGAUGUGUAUAUAUCAUAUAAUAUCUCUAUCUCUUAAGAUCAGUAAAAAUU